AUUCGUUUUGCGCAUUCACAUGUCGGAGCGCCAUCUCUUCUGCCGGUAACUUGGUUUGGUGGGGUUUGUAGAAUAUUCCAGUCAAUCCUUUAUUUUAUCAGUUUGUGAUUGUCUACAGAAAAGAAACAUGAAUUUAAUAACUAUUUUAGAAAAGACGGUAUCUCCAGAUAAAACUGAACUUGAAGCUGCUCAGCAUUAUCUGGAACAAGCUGCACAAAACAAUUUGCCUGAAUUUCUGAAAUCGCUGUCAGAUGUGUUGCAACAUGCCGGUAACAGUCCAGUGGCUCGUAUGGCUGCUGGGCUGCAACUUAAGAAUUCCCUUACCUCCAAAGAUGCUGAAUUGCGAAAUCAGAACCAGCAACGAUGGUUGUCCUUUCCCGAAGAUGUACGCUUGUAUAUAAAACAAAAUGUUUUAGCAUCCUUGGGUACAGAAACAAUUCGUCCUAGUUCUGCUGCACAAUGUGUGGCAUAUAUUGCAGUAGCAGAAUUACCAAAUAGACAAUGGCCCAAUUUAAUUCAAAUUCUAACUCAUAAUGUUACAAAUGUCAACAGUACUGAAAUGAUGAAGGAAGCAACUCUAGAAGCUGUUGGUUACAUAUGUCAAGAUAUUGAGCCAGAUGUAUUGGCCACACAAUCAAAUGAUAUCUUAACAGCUAUUGUACAUGGGAUGCGUAAAGAUGAGCCAAGUGACCAUGUCAAAUUAGCUGCAACAAAUGCACUGUUGAAUUCUCUUGAAUUUACUAAAGCAAAUUUUGAAAAAGACUCUGAAAGACAUUUUAUUAUGCAAGUUGUCUGUGAAGCUACUCAAUCAAAUCAUACACAGGUUAGAGUUGCUGCCUUACAAUGUUUAGUGAAGAUCAUGUCUCUAUAUUAUCAGUACAUGGAAGACUAUAUGGGCCCAGCUCUUUUUGCUAUCACCAUGGAAGCUAUGAAGAGUGAAAUAGAUGAAGUUGCUUUACAGGGUAUUGAAUUUUGGUCUAAUGUUUGUGAUGAAGAAGUAGAUCUGUCAAUUGAAGCAUCUGAGGCUGUAGAACAAGGAAGGCCACCUACUCGUACUUCUAGAUUUUAUGCAAAAGGUGCUCUUCAGUAUUUAGUUCCAAUUUUAAUGCAAACUUUGACAAAGCAGGAAGAACAUGAUGAUGAAGAUGAUUGGAAUCCAUGCAAAGCUGCGGGGGUAUGUUUAAUGCUCAUGGCGACUUGCUGUGAAGAUGACAUCGUCCCACAUGUAUUGCCUUUUGUAGAAGAUAAUAUCAAACAUCCAGAUUGGCGUUACAGAGAUGCUGCCGUUAUGGCAUUUGGGUCUGUUCUGGAAGGUCCCGAUCCAAAUAACUUGAAACCAAUUGUAGAGAAAGCUAUGCCAAUGCUGAUAGAACUGAUGUCUGACCAGAGUGUUGUCGUGAGAGACACUGUAGCAUGGACAAUAGGCAGAGUGUGUGAAUUAAUACCGGAUGCAGUCAUUAAUGAAAAUUAUCUAAAACCUUUAUUGGAAGCUUUGGUAAAAGGAUUAAGUGCCGAGCCUCGUGUGGCAACAAAUGUUUGCUGGGCAUUUAAUAGUCUAGCUGAAGCAGCGUUUGAAGCAGCAGAAGUACCUGAAGAAGGUGCAGAACCCAAAACCUAUUGUUUAUCAGAAUACUUUGAAGUUAUUGUCCAGAAACUUUUAGAAACAACAGAAAGGCCUGAUGGUAACAUAGCAAAUCUAAGAGGAGCUGCCUAUGAGGCCCUUAUGGAAUUAGUGAAAAAUAGUCCAAGAGAUUGCUACAGUUGGGUUCAAAAAACAACAAUGAUUAUUUUAGAAAGGUUGCAACACGUUCUUGCUCUGGAAGGACACAUUCAGAGUACUUCAGAUCGUGCUCAGUAUAAUGAUUUGCAGUCAUUAUUGUGUGCCACUCUUCAGAGUGUUUUGAGGAAAAUGACUUCUGAAGAUGCACCUAAAAUAUCAGAUGCUAUAAUGACUGCUUUGCUACAGAUGUUUAAUUCUACUAGUUGUAAAUCAGGUGGUGUACAAGAAGAUGCACUUAUGGCUGUGUCUACGUUAGUCGAAGUGCUCGGUGAUAAGUUCCUAAAGUAUAUGGAUGCUUUUAGGCCAUUUUUGGCCCUGGGAUUGAAGAAUCAUGCCGAAUAUCAGGUGUGCACCGCCGCCGUGGGUCUGACGGGCGACAUCUGCAGGGCUUUGGGUCCCGUGGUGUUACCGUACUGCGACGACGUGAUGACCAUGCUCUUAGAAAACUUAGGGAAUAACACCGUGCAUCGAUCGGUCAAACCUCAGAUUCUUUCAGUUUUUGGAGAUAUCGCCUUAGCAAUUGGUACGGAAUUUAAGAAAUAUUUAGACAUCGUGCUUCAGACAUUGAUGCAGGCUUCGCAGGCUCAAGUCGACAAGUCCGACUACGACAUGGUGGACUAUUUGAACGAUUUAAGGGAAGGUUGUUUAGAAGCAUACACGGGAAUAGUCCAGGGAUUGAAAGGAGAUCAAAACACUCCCACUCCCGACGUACAACUCGUCCAACCUCACGUACCGUACGUAGUCCAGUUUAUCACCCACAUUGCUCAGGAUCCCGAUCAUUCCGACACAAACAUCGCCGCGUGUGCGGGUCUCAUCGGUGAUUUAUGCUCUGCAUUCGGUUCCAAUAUGCUCCAGCUUUUGGAUAACGAAUUGAUUAGCGAUCUGUUAUCCAAAGGACGGCGUUCCAAGGUUGCAAAAACAAAAACAUUAGCCACUUGGGCAACAAAAGAAAUUAGAAAACUUAAAAGUGCAGCAUCUUCAUGAUUGUUUCGAUGACCGGACGUCGAUGCCGUAAGAUACCAUCUGUUGCGUGCUGCGAGGCACCGGUUGGCUGUCACGACUGCCGCAGGAGGGGCAGUGCCACUAGUGUUUAAAGACAAGAGAGCGAGAGUGUGUGUGCAUGUGCUCCAUCCUUCACACCUUUCUGUAACUCCAGGAUAAAAAUCAGCUUUUUUACUCUAGCCAAUGUGAUGAUGAUUCCUUUACUUCUAUUCUUUGAGUCAGCCCACGGCUGUGUUCAGAGGUGGAAGACAGGGCACUUAUGUUGUUUCGGCCUUCCUAAGGCAUGCAGGUGCUUAUACCAAACGGGCAAGUCGUUGUAGAAGAACGGGAGAGACAGCAGGUCUGUUAAAACCCAUAUCUCCAGUUCGUUCCUCUGAGGAUGUACCGUUUUGCGGAAGUGCCUUUUUCAGGUGCAGGUUUUGCAACAUCUUGCCUAAGAUAUACUUCAGUUCCAUCGAUCAUCUCGAAGCAUCUGCAAGACCCAAAGAGGAAAAAAUUACGAUACCGGCAACUGUAAAAACAAAAUUUCUUCGAUUCUCACAAGGGUAACUGUAAAAACAAAUUGUUUUCAAAGAUUUUUUUGGAAUCGUGUUGGGAUUUAAAAUCGCGGACCAGUAAAACGAGGGGAAAACAUUCGAAAGGGGGAAACCAAAAGUUUGUAAAUUAUACCAACACUUUUAUUAUGCAAUUUAAAAUUCGAAAAAUAUUAUUUGAGGAGGCAGCUAACCAAUUAAUAUUUUUACACUAAUUUGUAAAAAACAACAACAAAUAUAAUUGUUCGUUUGGAGUCUUGUAAAAAAGAAAACAACAAUAACAAUGUCAAAAGUUAAUUUUUUUUUCUUUCGUUGUUUUAAAACGUGUGACAAAAUUUAAGAUCAGUUACCCUUAACUUUUCAGUUUUAUACCAAACGAGAAAAAAAAUCAACACAAAAAAAAAUGCCAAAUAAUGUAUGAUAUCGUUCAUGUUGCCUGUAUUUUAAUGUAUAAAGGAGUAUAUUUCUGUAUUAAUCAGCAGCUAUGUAGUACCUCUAACCUAAGUUGGCCAGUGUUUAGCCCUAUCUUUCUUACCAUUUCCUGCACAUCACUUGAUUUUUAAUUAUUUCGUUUUUUUGUUUCUCUUCUUGUCAAAAAAAAGUGAUGUUCUUCAGUUUCACUUUACCUUCAUGUGUGUGAGUGGGUGUGUGUAGCAGUCUUCUUUUUCAUUCUGUUAUUGCCUUGUUCCUUACUCGAUUCCCAUAAGUAGACAGUAAAAAAAAAUAAAAAAUUAGACAAAGCUGCAAUA